UUAUUCCCAUGCACGCAUUGCCGUUACGUCACCGACCGUCGUAACAAUCUAAAGAGACAUAUUUCCACCAUGCACCAGGCUUGUGAUAAAGUUCUCGAAUGUUGCGGAGUCAAGUUCAAUACCAAGGCCUCAUUACGGGAGCACAUUAUGAUUUUUCAUCAUAAUGGAUAUUCCUGUCCCUUUUGUGGACGACGAUUCUGUCGAAAAGCACUAUUAAAGCGCCAUCUAUCGGUUCAUAGUGGUCAGAAGGACUACACCUGUCCACAUUGCGACUACGCCACAAGUCAUAAGAGUAAUCUAGAACGACAUAAGAGAAUUCAU